UCUAAGCAUCCAUUACUAUGUAUACACACAUAUCUCUGUCUGCUCUCAAGCCAGUAUGUUAAGGUCAAGUUCACGUUGUUUAUUGGAGUAGGACAUCAUAGGAACAUGCUAGAUUGUUUCUACAACAGGGUAUCCGGUUGAUGUGAUAUGCAGAAAAUGUCGAAGUUUAAGGAUGACUAUGAUAUUAAAGGGAGCGAUUCGGAAGAAAAACUUCCACUGCGUAGACGGAUGUCGUCAGGCGACCUUCCAUUGAAGACGUUAGCUGUUUGGUCGGGUGACAUUCGUUUGAAAACAUUAGCUCUGACGCCGGAUGACUUGUUGACCCCGGAAGAGAGUUUCUAUAUUGGGAGAGUCUGUUGUUCAGCCCAUUCGUCCGAUUGUAAGGAUGACGGUACAGAAAGUCGACAUCACAUCCGAUUGACGGAGGUAGCACCCUCACACAGCAGUAUAAUAGGAGGAAUCAACCAUGAUGAUUGGAAACCCUCUUUGGGGCUUUAUACCUCAAAAAAGCAAGGUCAUAACCUUAACAAGUCAUGCUCCAAACGCAUUAGGUCAUACUACAAGGCUCAAGAUGAGUUGAUCGAGGCGUACGAGGAGAUCCAGUUGGAGUUGGACGACGCCAUAGACAAUGCUGAAGUUGCGACGAAACUCCGUCGUAAAGCAGUCUUCUACGCUAAGCUUAGUCUAUUUAUCAACGUGCUCCUGUUUGCGGCCAAGACGAUAGCGUCUAUUUUGUCGGGCUCGAUCUCCAUUAUUUCUAGUCUAGUGGACAGCUUUGUUGACCUGGCAGCAGGGUUGGUCAUCUGGAUUACAGCCAGGAUGGUCAAGCGGAGAGACCCGUAUGUUUACCCUCAAGGUAGAACAAAACUUGAGCCUAUUGCCAUCAUUAUUCUAUCUGUGAUUAUGAGUUUUGCUUCCCUCCAAUUAAUCCGUGAGUCUGUGGAGAUGGUAUUUGGCUUACACGAUCUCAGCGCUGUCCCUCCAACGGUCGACAUUACUACCAUUGUCAUCACAGGGUCAGCAAUAGUGACUAAGCUUGUCCUAUUCCUACUCUGCCGCCGUAUACGCAGUCCAAGCGUGCAGGCUCUGACCCAGGACCACAGGAACGAUGUUGUCUCCAACAGCUGCGCUCUAAUCUUUGGCUACCUAGGUUCUCAGCAACUGUUAAACAAGACUGGGGAAUACGGCUUGGUGUAUAUGGACCCCAUAGGGGCUGUGAUCAUUUCGAUAUACAUCAUAAUUAGCUGGUGUAUAACCGGCUAUACUCAAAUUAAGCAUCUGACUGGACACACUGCCAAGCCGGACUUUUUGAAGAAGUUGACGUGGAUAUGUGUGAACCAUCACCACAAAGUUCAAUUUGUCGACACCGUGAGGGCGUUCCACUUUGGUAGCAACUUUCUGGUUGAAGUGGACAUCGUGCUUGCAGAAGAAAUGAAACUGGUUGAAGCCCAUGAUAUCGGGGAAUCUCUCCAAAAGAAACUUGAGCGCUUGUCGGAAGUUGAGAGAGCUUUUGUACAUUUAGAUUACGAAUAUGAACAUAAGCCAUCAAGUGAACAUAAGACUGUCUAGCCGUAAAUAGAACCAUGAUAUCAGGAAUGUUUGAUAAGACUAUUAUAUGUAUUUAGUUAGUUGCAUGUUUGUAAUUUCACUUAUAAUUUGUAUACGUUAUCAUGAUAUCGAUACUUUUCUGAUUAUCAUUUAUUUUACUUAAUCAAGUAAGACAAUUUACGCCAAAUAAUGCCUUACCACUCCAAUACUAGUUAUCGGUUGUAUAUGGUUCGUUCGCUUUGUUUUUAUGUUAGGUACCGUUCAGUACAUCUGAAAUAUUUUAUUUAAACGUCUUCACACUUUCGAGCGUUCAAUAUUGACUACGGGUUAACAGGAGCAAAGAUCUUGUUAAGUAGAGAUCACUUUGUUCGUCCGUUAAUGAGGAUGAUACGUGCGUAUCAUUACUUCUAAUCGAUUCAAUAUUUUGUUAUAAACAUAGAUAUACGUGACAAAUAUGGACUGGACGUAGUUGUAUCUUUUAGCACUUUCAAGUCACUACCCAAAAUAACUAGCUCAUGUUGAGAGAUCAGAAUUCAGUACAAUGAGUCUGACCCAUAACUCUGUUCGCAUCAGUAUUGCGUUACCCCCAAAAGUAAUAGGUUGAUGCUUUGUGCAAGUUCCACGUAAGUUAUCACCUAUCACCUAAUAAUCCAGAUAACAGCUGUAAAAUAUUUUUGUUGCUUUAUAGUGAUGUUAUUUUACUUCAAAAGCUUAUAAUCUGUCGUUCUCUGUUGCUAUAUGCAUAGUAAGCAAAGCUUACCAAGAGAAAAAUUGCGUACAUUAGUGAGGCUUACCGCUUACUUCUUUUUUUUUUACCUGUUUCGGGUUCUUGUUGGUGUUGUUGUUAUCGUUUAAAAUUAGCUAAAUGAAAAACAGGUUUGGUCAUAUUUUAACAUUUAAUAUUCACGUUACCUGUUUAAAGUAAUGUAAAAUCUAAUUAAAGUUAAGGAAAAGCAACUUAUUUUGAUUGUUCUUCGUUUAAUGUUGUUGAUAAAGAUCUAUUAUAAUUCCUUUUUAGAAGAGUUUUCAAAACCUUUACGUUUAGUUUGUGAUGUUUCUUGAAAAUUCAAUUUGCAAACUGUAAGGUUACAUAAUGUACUUUAAUGUAAACGAUUGACAAGAUGAAAAUUCUUCUCAUUUGCCAAAUGGAUGGUGCUAUAUUAAAAUGAAGAAUAGUUCUCCUUAACAAAAAAGGCUGUGAUUACACUGAUGAUCCUAUUUUGUAUUUAUGUGAACAUUUGAUAUUGGUACAUGUAGGAGUUAAGUAUGUGCUUUGCUUCUGUUUUGGAAAUAUCGUUCACUACGGAUGAAGCCAGAAAUAAAAAAAAAAUAUCGAUACAACGUUAAGCUUGUUUCCCACAACAAUGCAAAAUCAUAGAUGAAUCAUUAGGCCAUGAUAAUGACUGUAGCGUAACAUUUUACAAUAGUAUUGAGGCCUUCUAAGAGGAACUCUUGCUAGGUGAUUGUCAGGUUGAGUAUUGGUUCCAUGAAUUCUUUCUUUUCAAAAUACAAUGUGUAUGAUUGCUAAAAUUAAAAGCAAUGACAAGAUAGUUUAGUUCCUAUCUCUGCUCGUUAGUGAAUUUAUAAAUUAUCCAUUGUUGAUCAGAAUAGACAAAAGCUGGAACCGAGCAGACAUCAAAAGAAAUCAUAAGGAAAUGGCAUUUUUUGUUUAUUUCAUCUGAAUACUUCAAUAGCGUAGUUGAUAGCACCCGACAAAACUUUAGAAACACAAACUCAUUAAAGAAAAAAGUUGUAAAAAGUUCACUUUAACGAGACGGAAAGUUCUGUAUAUAUGUUAUAUAUAUAGCUUGUCAUGAUCUGAUUGAAUGCAUUUAUCUUAUUAAGAAUUAAAUAAAAAUUAAUGAGACAA